AUGGAGGUUUUUGAGCAAGGGCUCUAUCUCUACUUCCGCAAGUAUCAGCCUUCGUACCCCAUUCUUCAUUCCGUCACUUUCAACGCCGAUAAAGUCUCUGAAUUGUUGCUCUUUGUCAUGUGCAUGAUUGGUCUUUCUUUUUACAAGACAGAAGAUGCCGUGGACUUCAUUCGAAAAACAUAUCCGGGGAUCUUGGAUCAGGUCUAUGCUCAACUCAUUUUCGCAGCCGCAGACAGUCAGACACCCGCCGAUCUUCUAAACUACCUUGUGUUGGCUCAUCAUACGCUUUUCCUUUUCAUAUCCACCGGGGGGAAACUUCUCCCAGAAAAGUCUCGAUCCCUUUAUCUGUAUGCCACUACACCGAGCAACACCAUGAGCUUGGUUCAGUUGUACGACACAAGCCUCCGCGAAUCUAAUCCCAACUGCAUUGUGAUCUGGCAUAGCGUCUGUAUGCUGCUCACGGCUGAUAUCAACAUUCUUUCCCGCGCUGCCGGUCGCGAUGGCCCCGAAUCCAUGUCCGACGCUCGGCGAGAUAUUACCUGCUGGGCUUACACCCCUGCUGCCCGAAGAGCAUGUCUUCAUGCAGCUCAGACAUUUCGCACCUUAUAUCACCGGAAACCUGCAGAUGGUACCGCGUUUCAGUCUGUUCGAACUUUGUUUAUGUCUGCUCUGAUUCUUGGUUUUUAUCUAUUGGCCAGCCCAGUAAAUGCCUGUUUAGAAGGCCAGAGUGACUGGGAUAAUUUUGAUCUCGCCAAUUCGGUUGUCGAUUGGAAGGUUAUCGGCGAUGAAGGAAUCUCGAAUGAUGGAACAGCCAGUAUGGCACCACAUGAUUCAGCGAGAUUGGGGGAUGCCGCCGUCCGGUUCAUUCGCUUUGGUGGGCCGAUUCUCAUUGAUGGCAAGAAAUAUGAAUAUGGAGCUCGCAAUGCCCAGCGGAUCUUAUUGGAGUUUGCUGGUCUGCUGGAUGAAGUGGGGACCCACUGGAUGGCGAACUAUGCUCGGCUUCUGUACAUGGUCCAUGACACGAUGGCAACGCCAUCUACUAGAUCUUAG